GUUCGAUUACACGCUAGUAAGGUACUGGAAAUGUCGUAUUUUCUUCUAUCAACUUGGCAACACUGACGUAGAUCGCAAGACGGCACGUGGCGAUGUUCGCGCGUGUUUUCUACUGCAAACCGAAGUCUUGGAACGCUCACGUUUAUAACUACAUAAAUGCGAAGUAUUUGUAGGAGCAACCGUGGUCUGCAGUUGUAACAAAUCUCUUAACCAUGUUUGAGCCUAAAUUGACGAACACGUCGCCCAAUUUCGGCGUACCGCCCGACAAGCAGAACGAGCUGUUGCAGUCUCUAGGCGCGCCUCACAUCGAUUCCUUUAAUUAUAUGCUGGACGAUGGCCUUUUUCAAAGUUUAAAGGACAGCACGCCAGUGUAUUUAACUCUUCCCAAUGACGACAAGAUAGUACUCUGGCUGGACAACGUACAUAUCCAUAAGCCCACUGUACCUUCUAGUACAAUUGGUGUGAAAACGUUCAAAGUAUAUCCGAUGGAGUGUCGGCAGAGAGGCACCACUUACAGGGGUAAGAUAACGGUCAGACUCAGGUGGUCUAUCAAUGGCAAGGACCAGGAACCUCUCGAGAGGGACUUGGGAGAAAUUCCGAUCAUGGUCAAGUCCAAUCGGUGCCACUUGAACAAAAUGAGCCCUAAAGAAUUGGUCGCUCACGGCGAGCAUGAAGACGAAUGGGGCGGAUACUUCAUAAUCAAAGGCUUGGAGCGGCUCGUACGGAUGUUGAUCAUGACGAGGCGAAACUAUCCCAUCGCUGUCAAGAGGCCGACUUGGAAGGGUCGCGGUGAACAAUUCAGCGAGUUUGGUAUUCUUUUGAGAAGUGUUCGGGAGGAUAACUUUACCAUUAAUAAUGUGCUGCACUACGUGAACGAUGGUUCCGUAAAGUUAGCAUUUACGUACAGGAAAACUACGUACUAUGUGCCACUAAUACUGAUGUUAAAAUGUCUGGUAGACAUGACCGAUUUGUAUAUUUUCAAGGCACUAGUCGCUGGAUGCGAAGACGAUCUUUACUACAAUAAUAGUAUCACGAAUAUGUUACGUGCCCUGCACGAGGAAGGUCUACACUGGCACGAGCAGUGUAAAGCGUACAUAGGAGAGAUAUUUAGAGUGAAAUUCUCUGAAUUGCCUGCAGACGCGACUGAUAUAGACGUCUGUGACUUUAUCCUCAAAAAUUGCGUCGCUAUUCAUCUUGACGAGCCUAUCGAGAAGUUCCAUUUGCUUGUAUUCAUGACCAAGAAACUGUUCUCCCUCGCGAAUAAUAAGUGCGCCGUUGAGGGCGCGGAUGCCGUGAUGAUGCAGGAGUGUUUACUAGGCGGAUACCUGUAUCAGCAGGUUCUCAAAGAAAAACUGUCCUCAUGGCUCGCAGGAGUCAAACUUUAUAUUCUCAAACGUGCCAAGAGCGCCGGUAAUAGAUACAAUUUGAAUAUGCAGGAAAUGUUGAACGUCACCAAAUUUCAAAGCAGAAUCGACUUACAAAUGGAGUACUUUUUAUCGACCGGAAAUUUAAGAUCGUCUACUGGUUUGGGACUCAUGCAAAACACUGGCCUUACGAUUGUCGUGGAAAAUAUCAACAGGAUGCGUUACAUGAGUCAUUUUCGUUCGAUACACAGAGGCGCGUUCUUCCAAAAUAUGAGGACUACCGAGGCUCGUCAAUUGUUGCCUGAUGCGUGGGGAUUCAUCUGUCCGAUUCAUACACCAGAUGGUGCUCCAUGUGGAUUGCUCAAUCACUUGACAAUGAAUUGCAUUGUCACAAAAUAUCCAGAUCCAAAAUUGAAAGCUGCGAUACCUGAGGUACUGGUAGAUCUCGGAAUGGUCCCGUUAUCCAUCGCGGAUGAUUGGAAAAAUUCAUAUAACGUGAUGUUAGAUGGAAAAUUAAUCGGCUUGAUUGAAGACAAAAUUAUUAACAGAAUAGUCUACAAGCUGAGACUGCUUAAAAUAAAGGGUGAAGAAGUACCAUCAACGUUGGAGAUUGCACUGGUGCCAAAGAAAAAUGUUCCGGCUCAGUAUCCGGGUUUGUUCUUAUUUACUAACGCGGCCAGAAUGAUGAGGCCGGUGAUAAAUUUAGCUACGCAGAAGAUUGAACUUAUAGGAACGUUUGAGCAAAUUUAUAUGGAGAUCUGUGUGACGCCUGAAGAAGCACAUGAAGGGUUGACAACGCAUCAGGAAGUAAGCCCGACAACAAUUUUCAGCAAUACAGCUAAACUCAUCCCGUUGCCAGAUUGUAACCAAAGUCCAAGAAACAUGUAUCAGUGUCAGAUGGGUAAACAGACAAUGGGUACGCCUUGCCACAAUUGGCAACAGCAGUCGCAAACGAAAAUGUACAGGCUGCAAACGCCCGCCGCACCACUCUUCAGACCGGUACAUUAUGACAACAUUGACAUGGACAGCUUUGCGAUGGGUACCAAUGCGAUAAUUGCUGUCAUCUCAUAUACAGGAUAUGAUAUGGAAGACGCAAUGGUCAUCAACAAGUCGUCGUACGAACGUGGCUUCGGACAUGGGUCGGUUUACAAGUCCGAGUUUGUUGAUUUGAAGGAUAAAAAGAGUUAUUUCGCUCGCGACCCGGAGAAACCUGACCUUGUGAAAACGAUAGAUGUUGACGGUUUGCCUAUGCCAGGUACUAUUAUCAAACAAGGAGACGCGUACUACUCCUAUUAUGAUGCUGAUAGUGCUCAGUACGUCGUUGGAAGGUAUAAGAGUACGGAAAAUGCUUAUGUCGAUAAUGUAAAGCUGUGCGGUACGUUGAGCGGUUCCGAUUCCCGAAGGGCGUGCAUUACAUUCCGUAUUCCCAGGAAUCCCAUAGUUGGAGAUAAAUUUGCGUCAAGAGCGGGACAAAAAGGAAUCCUCUCGCGGCUGUAUCCUACUGAAGAUUUACCGUUCACGGAGACCGGGAUGGUCCCCGAUAUUAUAUUCAAUCCGCACGGUUUUCCAAGCCGUAUGACAAUAGCUAUGAUGAUCGAAGUGAUGGCCGGAAAAUCAGCGGCUGUGCACGGAUUGGUUCACGACGCCACGCCCUUUAGGUUUGACGAAGAGAACACAGCCAUAAACUACUUCGGCAAAUUAUUAGAACUCGGUGGUUACAAUUAUUAUGGAAAGGAGAAAAUGUAUUCGGGUAUUUAUGGAUGUGAGAUGACCGCCAGCAUCUUCUUUGGCGUCGUGCAUUAUCAGAGAUUGCGACACAUGGUCUCUGAUAAGUGGCAGGUGAGAAGUACCGGACCGAUUGACAUGCUAACGAGACAGCCUAUUAAAGGUCGUCGACGCGGCGGUGGCAUUCGUUUCGGAGAGAUGGAACGAGACGCUUUGAUUUCUCAUGGUUGCUCGUAUCUUCUUCAAGACCGUCUCUUUCAUUGCUCUGACAAAAUAACGACUCUGGCGUGUAUAAAGUGCGGCUCAAUACUCGGACCGGAAUUGAUAGUGAAAAGUAGAUACGAUGACAAAAGGUGCCGUUUGUGCGGCGAGGAAGAUACCGUAGACGAGAUCGAGAUACCGUAUAUUUUCAGGUUUCUUUUAAUACAACUGGCGUCCUGUAAUAUAAACAUUAAAAUAAAAUUCAGACGAGUUUAACUAAUCGCGAGAAUGUGCCUGUACGUAAUACGUAUGUAUAUAUGUGAUAUGUAUAUGUAUAUCGUGUAUGCUGUCUUUUUCAACAGAAUAAAUUUUAUUUUCCUUUUCUAACAUUCCAGAGAACAAAUUCUAUUCAUAAAGCUAUUACACAAUGAAGUUUAUUACACCGGCGUUUGUAUACUAUCUCAUAUUCACGAUGUAAAAUACAUCUGUAUAUACACAAUUCGGACCAACAGUUUAUGUUACAAAAUUAACUCGCACAGAGGGAAAAUGGGCUCGAUUAUAUAUAUCUUCUUUACUUUUUUUACAUGGUACGUAAUGGAAGGGAAUGUAACUAUCUUGAAUUAUGUGUAUUUUGUAA